CCUUGAGGUCCACGCUGCUCUGCGCACGUGGAUCCGCCUGAAGGCCGUCCAUUAACUUUUCUUGCAGUCAAUGAUUAUCGAUAACUGCACCGAUACAAAGUUCAAUAAUAAAAACCGCCUGAGGGAACAUGAUUAAGAGAGGACCAUCAUCAUGCAGAGUACCACGUUUUCCUGCAGGUUUUUGUUUCAGUUCCUCAGCCGAGGUGUCGUGGGACCAGGCAAACCGCUCCGUGCGCAAAAUGCCCUCCAUCCCGUGCUAGGAUGGAUCCCCGUGAGGGGCUACUACAACUCUGCAAAGCCCCGGUACGCUGGGCCGGGAGGGGCGACCCACGUCCGAGUGGUGGACCUCCGCAGCGACACGGUGACCAAGCCGGGUCCGGCCAUGCGCCAGGCUAUGGCGGAGGCUGAAGUUGGAGACGAUGUGAUGGGAGAAGACCCGACAGUUAACGAAUUACAGGAAGUUGCAGCAGAUAUGUUUGGGAUGGAGGCCGCCCUGUUCGUCCCCUCUGGAACGAUGAGUAAUCUCAUCGCAGUGAUGGCGCACUGCAGGGAGCGGGACGACGAGAUAAUUGUGGGGGACCUGUCCCAUUUGCACAUCUACGAGCAAGGAGGAAGUGCUCAGCUGGCUGGUGUCCACUCCGUCACAGUGACCACACUCCCUGAUGGGACGUUUAACUUGGAGCAGCUGGAAUCAAAGAUCCGCCAUAAUUACCCGGACCCCCAUUACCCACGCUCACGACUCAUAUGUGUGGAAAACACACACAACAUACAAGGAGGUCGUGUGUUGCCUCUGGCUUUUUUGCAGGAGGUGCGUGCUUUAGCAGAUCGAUAUGGGCUGUCCGUUCACAUGGAUGGAGCCCGGGUGAUGAAUGCUGCUGUAGCUCAGGGGGUGACUCCAUCUACCAUACUGCAGCACACAGACACUGUCAGUGUGUGCCUCUCCAAGGGCUUGGGCGCCCCCGUGGGUACCAUGCUGGCUGGAUCUCAGGACUUCAUAUCCCGAGCGUUACGGUGCCGUAAGGCACUCGGUGGGGGAAUGCGGCAGGCAGGCAUACUGGCAGCAGCUGGAAAACUGUCUUUACAGUGUAUGGUAGGAAGACUGGAGGAGGAUCACCGCAACGCAAAAGCAUUUGCUCAAGCUCUUCUUGACUGCGAUCCUAACCUGUUUGCUGUGGACAUCGCUACCGUAGAGACAAACAUCCUGCGUUUCCACCUGCAGGAUCCCAGUUUGAGUCCCAGUGAGUUCUGUGCCCGCAUGGCUCAGGUUGGUGAGGGCGAGGAGGCGGCACUGGGGCAGGGUAUACAAGUUCUCAUGUACCCUCAUUUUGGGAACUCUGUCAGGGCCGUGUGGCAUCUUGGGAUUUCUCCUGAAGACACUCAGCUGGCCAUCCAGAAAAUGCAGUUUGUGGCUUCUCAGCAUGCGGAAAAAAUCAGGACCAAGUGAAACUCAACAUUUUUACUGUCAUAAUGAGGCCUAAUCUUUGAAUACUUACAGAGUGAUACAGUAUUAUAAUAAGGAUGUGAACCUAUUUAUAUGAUUAUUAAUUUCCUUUUUACACAUUAAAUGUGAUUAACCACGGCA